UUUUUCACUGAUUCACUGCGGGAUUCACCGGCGGCUUUCACUUCCAACACUUCCAACACGCGGCCGACUGGAGCCUGGCGGAGUCAAGAGCAGACGGAUGUUUCUGGAGGUGCUGAGAGGAUGGCCGUGUCGUGGAGACGUGUGGACAGUGCAGAGCGAACAGUGCCACACGCUCACCUGAGCGAUGAAGCUGACGUUCAGAAAAUCUACUCCUUCGGGAAGAAACUAGGUGAAGGAGCCUUCGGGGUCGUCCAUGAAGUCACUCACACGGAGACACAGAAGAAAUGGGCGAUUAAGAAAGUGAAGAAAAUGGAGCGUGGGAGUUCCAGGGCGAGGCAUUUGGAGCGAGAGGUGGACAUCCUGAAGCGGGUGAACCACAAGAACAUCAUCCACCUGGAGGAGGUGUUGGAGACGCCAGAGCAAAUGUACCUGGUUGUAGAGCUGUGUGAAGGUGGAGAGCUGAACCAGUUCUUACAGAAAAAAGGCCAUUUCAGUGAAGAGGACACUAAAUACAUCAUCAGCAGCUUAGCCGAGGCCACUGUCUACCUUCACAAGCGGGGCAUCGUUCACAGGGAUCUCAAACUGGAAAACAUUCUUGUGGACAGUUAUGAACAGAGAAAUGAUCAGACCAUCGUAAACAUCAAGAUCACAGACUUCGGACUGUCCGUGCAGAAACGUGGAGUGGGCAGUGCGCGCAUGAUGCAAAGCACAUGUGGGACACCUCAAUACAUGGCACCUGAAGUGCUUGCUGGCCAUGACUACAGCCAGCAGUGUGACGUAUGGAGCAUCGGUAUCAUCAUGUACAUGCUGAUAAGUGGAGAACAUCCGUUCACGCCCAACUCUCAUGAACAUUUGUUUCAAAAAAUUAAGAAGGGGGAACUGAAAUUCUCUGCUGCUGUGUGGGAGACCAUCAGUGACGCAGCCAAAGCGGCGCUGAUCUGUCUGCUGAAAGUCGACCCAGCGUAUCGCAUCACAGCCAGUGAGCUGCUGGAUCACCCCUGGAUCACGGGAGACACGUCUGCGGAUAUCUUCCCCACCAACGUCCUGGAGAUGAUGAAAGAGUUCCAGAAUGAGCUACAGGAUGAGGAGAGCAAGCAGGCGAGCCAGGGAACGGGCGACCUCCCUCACAGCUGCUCCCAGGACACUGUGGUCGAGUCUGUGGCCUCCCCAGAAUCUCUGUCCAUUCCUCUGUCUGCUCCUCCGUCCACUCCUCCAUCCAUGCCUCUGUCCACUCCUCCAUCUGCGCCUCUGUCCAUUCCUCUGUCUGCUCCUCCGUCCACUCCUCCAUCCAUGCCUCCAUCCGCUCCUCCAUCUGUGCCUCUGUCCACUCCUCUGUCCACUCCUCCGUCUGCUCCUCCGUCCACUCCUCCAUCCGCUCCUCCAUCUGCGCCUCUGUCCACUCCUCCAUCUGCACCUCUGUCCAUUCCUCUGUCCACUCCUCCUUCUGCUCCUCCAUCCUCUCCUCUAUCUGCUCCUCUGUCUGCUCCUCCAUCUGCUCCUCCGUCUGCUCCUCCACCUGCUCCUCUGUCUGCUCCUCCGUCCAACCCUCCAUCUGCUCUUCUGUCCAUUCCUCUGUCCACUCCUCCUUCUGCUCCUCCAUCCUCUCCUCCAUCUGCUCCUGAAUGUCCUCCAGUGCAGACACUCAGCCUCAACGAAGACCUGAACAGCAACAAUGUAAAACCCUCCACAUCCACGAAACCGAAAAAGAAGAAACCCUGCUCCUUCUCUUCUAAAAUCGUGAGGAAGAACAGCUCCGCCGUGAAGGCCAGGAGCGCGCUCAGGUUGUGCACAGGGCAGCCCUCUACAGCGAAAAAACAGACGAGUACAAAGCACCACAAACAUCAGGACAAACUGGAGAGCAGCAGGAAGGCCUCGUCUUCCAAACCAUGCACACCACCUGAUAGCCCCACCCUCCCCUCCACAAGCCACGCCUCAAAGUCAGCUCCACGGCCAAGAUCAUCAGGCAGGCCGCACACACCUUAG